AGAGGGAGAGAGAACCACGCGCCGGAGGACUGUCAUAUACUAACCUCUGCGGGGAUAUUCCUUCUACUUGCCCCGUAUAUUGAUGAGCAGUGACUACUUAUGGUGUUUGUGUGUUUUUUUCUCGAUUCCUCUUUCUUCAUCACUGGAUAAAGGAAUAUUUAGGAAUAAUUAGCGAGUGAUAUUGAGGAGCCCGAUAGAGGAUGACAUUUGGGCGAUUUGUUCCUCUUUAGAGACAGCUUGGGUCCGACACGGAGGACGCACACUGCGCACUUGCCCUUCUGGAUUACCGCACUAACUUCUAUUGAAAAUCUCAUCAUGAAGCGUGCUAGUAAAUGAGUUUCAACCCUGCGUCCACUCGUUACAUGCCGUGGUCCCAUUUCCAGCCCCGAUCCAGAUGAGAGAUCCCCCCGGUGGACCUAAACCGCUUUUACGCAGUCAGUCCCCGGAGCGCAGCGCCGCCAACGCCAGCGGCGAUCCACACCGGACAAGAGCGGAGAGACCAUCCGUUUCAAUACCCACGUCUUGCCGUUCUCCCACAGAUCCUUCGCGCCAGGCUAAAAGGCUUCCCAUUCGGAUCAUAAAAAUGUUGACGGCGCACAGCGGCCACUUGCUGCACCCGGAGUAUCUCCAGCCCCUCACAUCCGCGCCAGUCAGCAUUGAACUGGAUGCCAAGAAGAGUCCUUUGGCUCUACUGGCCCAGACCUGCUCUCAAAUUGGCAAACCAGACCCUUCCUCCUCUUCAAAGCUGGCCUCUCUCUCCUCAGGCAGUCUCGGAGACAAAGAAUCGUCCAGCCGAUCUUCCAAGUCCGGAGAGCAGCACCACUCCCUGGAGGACAAGUCCAGCUUCAAGCCUUACUCUAAGUCACCAGGCGACUGUCGUAAGGAUGGUCAAGGGACAAAGGGGCCUUCAGAUAAAGCAGCUUUUAGGGUGCCAAAUGGAAGCUCCAGCAGUGGCACUGCUUCAUGUCCGUCCUUUCCUCCCCAUUCCCAGUCGCCCAGCUCCAGCUCUCCUCCCCUGCACACUCAGAGCCAGCCCCACAGACAAAGCCAUUCCCCCUCCACGCAGCCCCCACCACACUCCCAAGCUCCGCACAUGGACAACAAACCUGGGAGCUCAGAGCAGGUCAGCUCGGACAGUAACAACAGCAGCGCUGGCAAAAAAGACUCAGAUGCAGCUAAGUCGGGGAUGGAUGGGGCUCAGUUAGCCAACUCCAGCCACAUACGGGCCAGCGCCAACUCCAGCAAUGCCAGCUCUGCCAGCAGCCCGCGGCCGGAGAGCAAGGCUGACCCGCAGGCCUCCUCACAGCCUGGCUUGGGCUCUGGGCACAUCGCACCUGUCUCCCCUUUUAAACCAGGACAUUCUGUCUUCCCCCUUCCUCCUGCUACCAUGGGCUACCACGGAUCCAUUGUGGGGGCCUACGCUGGCUACCCCUCCCAGUUUGUUCCCGGCUUGGAUCAUACCAAGUCAAGUUUGGGAUUAGGACUUCCAGGGAAGCACCCCAGUUCCAGCCCACUCACUGGAGCUUCACCUCCAUCCCUGAUGCAGGGCUUAUGUCGGGACCCAUACUGUCUGACUUACCACAAUGCACCCCACCUAGGAGGAAGUAACUGCUCCACCUGCGUCCACGAUCCCUCCAGCCUCAAGACUGGUUUCCCCUUGGUUUACCCUUCCCACCACCUCCAUUCCCUGCACUCCAGCUCCCUGACAUCCAGCACCACCCCCACCCUUUCCCACCCCCUCUACACCUACGGUUUCAUGCUCCCCAAUGAACCACUGCCUCACGCCUGUAACUGGGUGUCAGUCGGAGGUCCCUGUGAUAAGCGUUUUUCCACAUCAGAGGAGCUACUAGCCCACUUGCGUACCCAUACAGCCCUGCCUGGGAUGGUGGACAGUAAGUUGUUGUCAGCCUACCCUUCAUCAGUUUCAUCAACAGCAUCCUGCCACCUCCACCUGCCCCCACAUAGCAGCCCAGGUGCCAUGCCCAGCUCUUUCUCCCUCAGGGGCUCCCCUGGCUUGAGCCUGGCUCGCUACCACCCCUACAGUAAAUCCCACCUGCCCGGAGCCCCAGGACUCCCCAUGCCAUCCCUCCCUUCUUCCACAGCCUAUUACUCACCCUAUGCCCUCUACAGUCAGAGACUGGGCUCAGCCUCAGCCCUUGGAUACCAGUGAUAUAAGAAAUUGUGUUAACGCCCACAGACUGCAGGCACCAGCUUGGACUCUCCAGAACGGCCCUGAAGCUGGAUUCUUGGGACUCACCAGUCAUCACCAGUACAGGGCAUCAUGCCUGAUGGCCUGCCUGCCAGGAAUACCACCUGUUAGCCUCCGGAUUGUGACUGGCGCUCCAAAGGCAUAAGACCCUGUGAUAGAUUGUCAGCAGCACAGAAACAACAGACUUGGGACACAGGCGAGACACAGAGCUAGAAAAUGAUGGAAUUGUGGGAUUAUUACAGUCUUGAUUUUGGUUUUUGUUUUGUUUUUCUCUUUAUCUCUCUCCCAGAACUGAAAGUCUGUAUUUAUUUUUCACUCAAGCGCUUGGUAUUCAACUCUAGGGGGUGGGGUGGGGGGGUUGCUUUCCAAAUAAAUUGUCCCUAAGUAUUCUAACUGAAAGCAAAUGAUUUAAGUAUAGUACCAUCAUGCCUAUCAUACACUCUAAAAAUAAAAAUCUUGCACCAUGAUGAAGAUGGGGACCUCUUUGUAUCUCCUUUUCUCUCUGCUGUUGUUUUUGUCUUUCCUUCAUCUUAUUCAGACUCUGGAGAAUUGCAUGUCCAUGAGAAUUAUCUUGAACAAUGCCAUUAUUUUUAACUGUAAAUAUGCAAAGAUGUAAUAUUUUUUCAAGCUUACUUGGGGUCACUGAUGCAAAUGGUACAAAAGAUAAGAAAUGAUGACAUAAAUAAAAACAAUGAAUGAUGGCUGUGCUAUCCAACCAACAGGAAGAGGUCUUAUUUUGUUAAAUAAAUGAUACAUGAUUGCAUUUUAA